UCAGUAUCUAUUGCUUCUGCUCAGUCUGGAUCUGAGAGCUCCUUAGAAACUGCAUGAAAGGCAGAGAGUGAAGUCUCAAAUCCAUGCUGACUGAAGGCCCUCAGAGUAAGCUAGGCAGAAUAAUUUUGGUGGAUGAUCUGGCGCAGCAGAUUCGCAGGUGUAUGAAAAUCCGGGUUCCAAACCUCCUCUCUGGGUUACAAGGGAAGUCUCAAAUAGUUCAGGAUGAAUUAGUAGGGCUUGGUGAGCAGAUAGUCCAAAGUGCUGAGGGCACAAGAGCUGUAGCUUUGGAACUUUGCCAUGAUUUGAAGAUAAGUUUCUACAACACAUUACAACUGGGUUCCGGUUGGAAAAUUGUUGCAAGUUUUGAGGGGACUUUUCCUAACAAGAUCAAGCAGCUUACUUUGGACAGACAUUUCGACAUCAAUAAUGUCAAGAGGGUACACUGUGUUCUGGUUAAUAAAGUUUCCGCUUCUGCAAAUGCUACUUCAGGCCUUGGAAGACACCCUCUUUUCAAGAAAGAGGUUGUGGCGAUUGCAGGCAUUAUCAUGUUUACCAAAUCAUGUCGACAGUGGAGUUAGCUUCAUAAAUCAUUUCAACAAAUUAAAUGCAGAAAGGGAUUCCAUAACACGCUAAGGAGUUAUAUUACUAUUCUGGAAGCGAAAUUCCAAAGUGGUUUAACUUUCAAAGUAAUGAAUCUUAGUAAAGCUACCACAGUUUUCAUUGAUCAUAUUAUGGGUUCUGCCUUUUGCGUUGUUUUAGAAUUCCAAAAUUAUCAUUUUGAAAAGCGACCAUUGAAUGUUGAGUAUGAGUUGCACGUGAUAUGUCAAGAUGGUUGGAAGCAGGUUGCCUUUGGAUUUUUGGGGUUUGGAUAAACACUGUAGAUCCAACCAUAUUGAGUCAGAUAAUCUAUAC